AACAAUAGCCAAUGUCCAUCCCUUCACUGCACCAACUCUUCGCCCUUCUGUAAAUUUCCCUUCAAAGAAAAGAAGAAGAAAAUACCAACAACUAUCAGCUAACGAUGAGUUAUUACAAUCAGCAACAGCCUCCUGUUGGCGUUCCUCCUUCUCAAGGUUAUCCACCGGAAGGUUAUCCUCCAAAGGAUGCUUAUCCACCACCGGGGUAUCCCCCACAAGGAUAUCCUCAAGGUUAUCCUCAACAGGGAUACCCUCCGCAGGGAUAUCCACCUCAAUAUGCUCAACCUCCUCCUCCUCAGCAAAAGCAGAGUUCCGGUAUCAUAGAAGGCUGUUUGGCUGCUCUUUGCUGUUGCUGUCUUCUGGAAGCUUGUUUUUGACGACCUUUUCUCCAAUGGCAGCUUAGAAAAAUAUUGAAUUUAUAGGAGGAGAGUUGAAUUCAAUUACCAUUUUCAAACUUCAAUUUCAAAUGUUCUUUCUCUUCAUCGCUUUUUUUCUUUUUAAUAAUUGAACCCUUCAUUGGAUUUGAACUCUUGUUGACAUACACAGUAAUAUUAGGAUCUUUUUUCUUUGUUCUAUAUAUUUAUGGAUUUUUAUUGUUUUUCA